UUUUAUUAUAUGAGCAUCUUUCAGUCAAGAAGGCUGAAGAUUCGAACGUAGAAUAAAGCGAAGGCACCGGCGGCAUUAAGAGAUAACUAAAUUAUCAGUAUAAAUACACAUUUCGUGUUGUUGUCGUUUAAAAAUAAAAUCUAAUCAGAAAAUAAGGAUUUUUUUUUAUUUGUUGUGAAGUCGUGAGAUUGUAAAAAUGCUUUUUAAAGUGCAUCAGGUAAAAAAGGCGUGUUUCGUAGCGGCACAACGCAAUUAUCGCACAUCAAGUGUAUUGUCCUCGAAAGUUCCAUUGUCAAAAUUCGACAAUGACGUCUAUAUGCCAUACGAAAAACUUUCCAGCAAUUUGGAAAUUGUUAAGAAGCGCUUGAAUCGACCAUUAACUUUGUCGGAAAAAGUGUUGUACUCCCAUUUGGAUGAUCCGAAAAAUCAAGAUAUUGUUCGUGGUACAUCGUAUUUGCGUUUGAGACCUGAUCGUGUUGCUAUGCAAGAUGCCACCGCUCAAAUGGCAAUGCUUCAAUUCAUUUCAUCGGGAUUGCCACGUGUUGCUGUCCCAUCGACCAUUCACUGCGAUCACUUGAUCGAAGCUCAAAUCGGUGGCAAAGAAGAUUUGGCACGUGCAAAAUCCAUCAACGAAGAAGUCUACCGUUUCUUGGCAUCAGCUGGUCAAAAGUAUGGUGUUGGUUUCUGGAAGCCAGGAUCGGGUAUCAUUCAUCAAAUUAUUUUGGAAAAUUACGCUUUUCCCGGAUUGUUGAUGAUUGGUACAGACUCUCACACACCAAAUGGUGGUGGUUUGGGUGGUUUAUGCAUUGGUGUUGGUGGUGCUGAUGCUGUUGAUGUCAUGGCAAAUAUCCCAUGGGAAUUGAAAUGUCCGAAUGUGAUCGGUGUCCAUUUGACCGGAAAGAUUACCGGAUGGACUUCACCAAAAGAUGUUAUUCUCAAGGUGGCUGAUAUUCUAACUGUGAAAGGUGGAACUGGUGCAAUCGUUGAAUAUUACGGAAAAGGUGUUGAUUCUAUUUCAUGUACUGGUAUGGCUACAAUCUGUAACAUGGGUGCUGAAAUCGGUGCAACAACAUCAACGUUCCCAUUCAAUAGCCGCAUGUCGGACUACUUGAAAUCAACUGGACGUGAUGGUAUUGCCAGCGAGGCUGCCAAAUACCAAGCAAAAUUAUUGACAGCUGACAGUGGUGCCAAAUACGAUCAAGUCAUUGAAAUUGAUUUGAGCACACUCGAACCACAUGUGAAUGGUCCAUUCACACCAGAUCUUGCUCACCCAAUCACCAAACUUGGCGAAAACUCAAAGAAGAACGGUUAUCCAAUGGAUAUUAGUGUCGGUUUGAUUGGAUCGUGCACAAAUUCGUCAUAUGAGGACAUGGGUCGUUGUGCUUCGAUUGCCAAAAAUGCCAUGAAACAUGGUGUCAAAUCUAAGAUUCCAUUCAAUGUUACACCAGGAUCUGAACAAAUUCGUGCCACAAUUGAACGCGACGGUAUCGCUGAAACAUUCAGAGAAUUUGGAGCUACUGUUUUGGCCAAUGCUUGCGGUCCAUGUAUUGGACAAUGGGAUCGUCAAGAUGUAAAGAAAGGAGAAAAGAACACCAUCGUUACUUCCUAUAACCGAAACUUCACUGGUCGUAACGACGCCAAUCCAGCCACUCACUGCUUCGUCACAAGUCCCGAAAUGGUGACAGCAUUAUCGAUUGCUGGUCGUCUUGACUUCAAUCCUUUGACUGAUUCUCUCAAAGGAGCUGACGGAAAAGAAUUCAAACUUGAUCCACCAUUUGCUGAUGAAUUGCCAAGCAAAGGUUUCGAUCCAGGCAGUGACACCUAUGCCGCACCACGCGAAGAUGGUUCAGCAGUCCAAGUAGAUGUUGAUCCAAAAAGCCAACGUUUGCAAUUGUUGGAGCCAUUCGAUACUUGGGAUGGCAAAGAUUUAACCGAUUUAACCGUUUUGAUUAAAGUUAAAGGAAAAUGUACAACUGAUCAUAUCUCAGCUGCUGGCCCAUGGCUAAAAUACCGUGGUCACUUGGACAACAUUUCAAAUAAUAUGUUUAUCGGGGCUGUGAACUCGGAAAAUAACGAAGUAAACAAGAUUAAGAAUCUAUUGAAUGGUGAAUGGGCUGGUGUUCCAGAUGUUGCCCGUCAAUACAAAGCCAAGGGUAUAAAAUGGGUUGCUGUUGGAGAUGAAAACUACGGUGAAGGAUCAUCUCGCGAACAUGCCGCUCUUGAGCCACGUCAUCUUGGCGGUCGUGCAAUCAUUGUGAAAUCAUUUGCUCGUAUUCACGAAACCAAUUUGAAGAAACAAGGUCUUUUGCCACUCACAUUCGCCAAUGCAUCUGAUUAUGAUAAGAUUCAACCGACCGACAAAAUCUCACUCCUUGGAUUGGCUAACUUGGCACCUGGUAAACCAAUUGACUGUGAAGUCAAACAUGCAAAUGGAUCCGUAGACAAAAUCAAAUUGAAUCACACACUCAACGACCAACAAAUCACAUGGUUCCAAGCCGGCAGCGCUCUCAAUCGCAUGAAACAAAUUGCAGCUGGCAAAUAAAUCAAUCAUCUUCGAACUUCGUAUACCUACAUAUAACAGAGAUCAAAGAUCCAGCACACAUUUCAAACAAAAUCAAUAAAUUUAAACUUUUUGUAUAGGCAUGUGCGUGGAUAAUAAAUCAAUUGUACAAUUAUUUCAUUUAAAAACGAAUGAUAAUGAAAAUUCGCGAAUUCAUAAAUAAAAUAAACAUCUACGUUAAUUAAGUGAUGUUUAUAACGAA